AUGUCUGGCUGCAUGUAUCCGACCGAAGAUGCGCGGCCGGACGCAAAGCGCGACGAAGGAUUCGUGUCGUAUUUCCGGCGUCUUCCGCCUGCCGUGCCAGGCACUGUGCGCCUCUUUGAUCGACAAGACUUUUACGCGGUGUACGGCGACGAUGCUGUGCGUGUAGCUGAUAUCGUGUUCAAGACCCAGAGCGUGGUGCGGCAACUGGGCAGCAAGGCGUCGCCUCUCGCCUCCUGCACGCUGAAUAUGGCAUCCGCCAAGGCGUUUCUGCGCGAUGCCCUCACCGCUCGGCAGCUCCGCAUUGAGAUUUGGGCACCGACCGGCGACCGCCAAACAUGGGCCGUGGCUCGGCAGGCGUCCCCAGGCAACCUGCAGGAAGUCGAAGACUUGCUUUUCCUGCAGUCAGAUGUCGUGUCAAGUCCCAUUGUCAUGGCUUUACGCGUCAAGAUGGAGGAUGGUAUCUCGGUCAUCGGCGCAGCCUUUGCGGACGCGACCAAUCGACACAUAGGCGUGGCUGAAUACACCGAGAACGACCUCUUUUCUAACUCAGAAUCGCUCAUUAUCCAGCUGGGCGUUAAAGAGUGCCUCGUACCUGCAGACGACGCUGACUAUCACCUCUCCAAGCUCCGCGCCUUGAUGGAGCGCUGCGGUUGUGUGAUUACCCAAGUCAAGCGCGGCACAUUUACGUCCAAGUCGAUCGAAGAAGACAUGCAGCGCCUCCUACCUGCAUCGCAGCGUGCAGCACUCGCACCCGAAUGCAGCAAAAAGGUCGCCAUGUCGAGUGCAGCGGCACUCUUAUCGUACCUCGGCCUUUUGAGUGACGAGUCGAAUUUUGGGCGCUAUACGUUGAAAACGCACGACCUGUCCGAGUACUUGCGUCUUGAUCAUGCCGCGCUACGGGCUCUCAACCUCUUUCCCGAUGAAAGCGGGUCUGUUGCGAACAAGAACGCCAGCCUGUUUGGUCUGCUGAACCGCUGCAAGACAGCGCAGGGCGUCCGUAUGCUGAGCCAGUGGAUCAAGCAGCCACUCGUGCAUGUGCACGCGAUCCAAAACAGACAAGCACUCUUGCAAACGUUCCUUGAUGAGGCGGAUGCGCGGCAGCGCCUGCAAGAGCACUUUCUAAAAUGGAUGCCAGAUAUGCUGCGUAUUAGCAAACGAUUCCAGCGUGGCGUGGCAACACUCGAGGAUGUCGUGCGAUGCUACCAGGCCGUCGGCAAGGUGCCUGGCCUACGUGCGGAACUUGCUGCGAUUUCUAUGCCAUCGGAGGCUGACCGCGUCCUCUUUCACAGCACGUUUGUGGCCCCGCUUGACGAGCUGCAGCACCAUCUGUCCAAGCUUGUUGAGAUGGUUGAAAUGACGCUAGACUUGAAUGAACUAGCGUACCACAACUAUGUGAUCAAGCCCGACUUUGAUGAUACGCUCCGCACGAUCCGCGCCAAGCUCGAUACCAUCCGUGAUCAGCUCGACGAGCAGCAUACCAAGGCAGGCCAUGAUCUGCGACUUGACACGGAAAAGAAGCUGCACCUCGAGAACCACUCAUCCUAUGGCUACUGUUUCCGUGUGACACGUACCGAGGCAGGCGUGAUCAAAAACCGUACUGGCUACCUCGACCUGGGCACCGUCAAGGGUGGCCUCUACUUUACAACGCCGACGCUGCGUGAACUCAACUCUGACUUCCGGUCGCUGUCUGACGAAUAUGCUCGCACACAAAGUCGGCUCGUGCGUGAUGUAAUUGACAUUGCCGCGUCGUAUGCGCCGCCGCUCGAACAGCUCAAUAUCGUGAUCGCUCACCUCGAUGUGGUGGUGAGUCUCGCGUUCGUAUCGAGUCAUGCGCCUGUGCCAUACACGCGGCCGAACGUGACAGAGGGCGGCGCACUCAUACUGUGUGAAUCACGGCACCCGUGCCUCGAGGCGCAGGACGAGAUGCAUUUUAUUCCCAACGACGUGCGCAUGGAGCCAGGCAUCUCGGACCUAGUCGUGAUCACUGGUCCGAACAUGGGCGGAAAGUCGACGUAUUUGCGCCAGAUCGGGCUCAUCACGCUCAUGGCACAGAUGGGCUGCUAUGUGCCAGCAGCGGAAGGCGCCCAGGUCCCGGUAUCGGACUGUAUUCUUGCUCGUGUCGGUGCGAGUGAUAGUCAAUUACGAGGCAUCAGCACAUUCAUGGCUGAAAUGCUCGAGACGGCCACGAUCCUCAAGAGUGCAACCCCCCAAUCGCUCGUGCUCAUUGAUGAGCUCGGUCGCGGCACGUCGACGUACGAUGGCUUUGGACUCGCCUGGGCCAUUUCCGAGUAUAUUGUGACGCAGAUUCGCUGUAAGUGCGUCUUUGCGACGCACUUCCAUGAGCUUACGACCUUGGCACAACAGCAGCGUGGCGUCCAGAACCUACACGUCGUUGCACACGUCGAUGAUCAAGACAUUACGCUGCUGUACAAAGUGGAACCAGGCACGAGCGACCAGAGCUAUGGUAUCCAAAUCGCCGAACUCGCCGACUUUCCCCCCAGUGUGAUUCGUCUCGCCAAGCGCAAGGCCGACGAGCUCGAAGGACACGCACAGCCCGUGGGCGGUGCCGACGAGGGCGCCGCUCUCGUCGACGAAUUCGUGUCCGCAUACAGAGAUCGCGUCCGUGACCCUAAACGACCCUGCACGGAGCAGGAGGCACUACAGUCUUGCAUGAACGAGUUUGACGAGCGUCUGCGGUCCAAUACAUGGGUGAGGCACCUCCUCGAGCACCUGAGCUAG